UCAUUAAUUUUUGAGCACAACACUGCUGGUGAGUGAAUGAUGUGAAAAAAAAAAAACAACAAAAACUGAUGGUUCCCGUUUGCGGCGUGACGCCGGUUUAUGUUUUUUGUGUUGUGAUUUGAAGACGAGAGUGUUAUAAUGGCUGAUAAGAAGGCGGAGCCCGAAGCAGAGGAGGAAUUUUCUGUAGAAAAAGUGUUAGACAGACGCGUGAGGAAUGGAAAGGUGGAAUACUUCUUAAAAUGGAAAGGUUACAAUGACGAGGAUAACACCUGGGAACCUGAAGAAAAUCUUGAUUGUCCAGAUCUGAUACAGGCAUUUGAAGAGGCUAGGAAAAAGAAAGAAGCUGAGGGGAAAGGAGUCAAAGUAGAAAAAGAUGCUAAGAAGAGGAAAUCAGUUGCUGCAACACCUGAUCUAAAAGGUGCAAAAAGGGCAAAGAGUGACGAUAAGAAAGCUUCCGGGUUUGAUCGUGGACUUGAGCCGGAGAAAAUUAUAGGUGCAACAGACAGCAGUGGCGAGCUGAUGUUCCUAAUGAAGUGGCAAGGCACAGAUGAGGCGGACUUAGUGCCAGCCAAGCAAGCCAAUGUUCGGUGCCCACAGGUUGUCAUCCAGUUUUAUGAAGAGCGACUAACAUGGCAUACACCUGCACCUGAUGAAGGCAACAAUGACGACUAGGAUGUGGUUUGCCAUAUUGGUGAACUUAAAUGGGAUUCUGAUUCUAAUGUUAACUUCACAAAAAAGAUGUGGCAUGUAUCAAAAUGUAUCAAGGAAAAUGACUGCAUAGCAAAGUUUAUUUUAUAAUAAAUGUGAACCUAUAAUAUGUAAAAACAAAACUGGUGUUAUUAUUAGAAGGUCAAAGGUGUUGAUUUUAUCACAAAUAAAUAAAUUCAUUUUAUAAAAUGUAGUUUUGACUUAAGAGGUAUUAUACCACUCAAGUCAAAAAUAUAUUGAAGGUAAUGUAUUAUUACUGUAUUUGUUCAGGAAUAAGUUUUGUAUAAUUUAAUACUUAUUGUGGUAUAUCAUGAUAAUUUAAAACUAACUUGUAUGCAGAAGCUAAUUGAUAUGUUUUUAGGCAAAACAUUUUCAAAGCUUUUGUCACAUUUGCCAGAUAAUUUGUGUGGUUAACAUUGCUGUAAGUGAAAAUUUGAUUACUUUGACUAUUAAGAACUUUUUUAGGUUAAGAACUAAUUUUCAUUUGUGUAUUUGAAUUAAGAUAAAGACCAUGUCUGUGUCGUAUGUCAGUGACAAGGCCUAUGCAAUGUAUUGCGAAAUAUUGGCCCAAACCAGAAAUCAAUAUUAUGUUAAUUGUAAUGUAAACUACACAUCAUCAUAGACCGGAAAUCAUCUACUGUUGGACAUAGGCCUCCCCCAAGGCUCGCCACAAUGACCAAUCCUUUGCUGCCCGCAUCCAGUGUUUUCCCGCGACCUUCAGAAGUUCAUCGGCCCACCUUGAGGGAGCCUGCCCACGCUGCGCUUUCCGGUUCACUGCGAUUUCAGUAAACUACACAUUGGUAGUCAAUGAUUGUAGUUAAUUUGUAAAUCGAAUUUAGAAUUAGUUUUAAAGUCGACAAACAAUCAUUGUUGGUUGAGGGGUUAUAAUUAAGUGUUAAUGUUUUGGAAAAAAAAAAGUGUUUUAUAGUGUGGUCUGUAAAACUACUGCUGCUCAUCAUCUCUAUCAUUUAUUCUGGGCCUACUUACAUAACUUGAAGCCAGUGUUAGUUUUAGCACUGCAACGAAAAAAAUGGAAUUGAUAUAAUGAAAUAACCAUUAAAAAAAAGCAUUUACCACGUCACUUAACUCACGCACUUUGAGUCCGUAUACGUAGUCUGUUAAAAAUAGUUUACUGUAAUUACCAGAUUACUUGUCAGAAGCCAAGAUCCACUUCGGGUUGCUACGCCGAGGGAAGCAAGUUCUCCGGCGUAGCGACCUGUUGUCUGUUGCCAGUCAGCACUCUCCAGCUCAGCAAGAUUUUUUUCUACCGGAGUCCUUCCAGCGGUAUCUUAGCGACCCACCGGUCUUACUUGCCGGUUUCCAACAAGGAUCCGUCCUCUUUACUGUUUUUAUCAUAUACCAGUGAUAUUCCCAAAUUCUGAGCUAGCUCUAUUCACUGAUGACAGUCGUGUAUUCUUCGUGCAGCGAUCGAGAUAUGUUGCUAGUGGUUUUGCAAAUGGAUAAUGGAGGUAGCCCGGGAAAAAGUGUUAACGUCACUACUGCCUGAAGCGAAUGUCGGACUUUUUCUGAACUAGGUUACUGAUUCUCGAACGUGAACGAACCCUAUGAAAAAUUUGACAAUUUAGCACAGACUUUUCAUACAGUUCUGAAGUUCUUGCUAAAUUGUCAUCAUCAUAUAAAUCUUGUUUUAUACUUGCCCAUUUAGACAAAAAUACAAUGAGGGACUUUCCAGGCUGCAUUCCCCAAAAAAAAAUAUACAUACCUAGAUGGCGCUGUAUACAUUUGUCGUCGUUUAACCUUCUAAUUUCAUGGAUAACAGACAAGCAACUUUUAUCUUUGUUUUUUGGGUAUAAAUGAUGAACCUUGUUAUUACACCCAGGCCCAAUCACAUCUUCCACCUAUUAUUCUAAUCAAAAUAAAGAGAUAUAAUUGUAUGUGAUCAAGCCACAACUAUUUUUAUAUAUGCUGCUGCCAUUACAUUAUAUUAAAUAAUUAUUAUGUACUCGAGUAAUGAGAAAAUAGGUAAUUAUCACGUUAAAUCUCGACAGGGCCAUCUAUAAUAUUUUUGGGACACGUAGCCUGAGAAGUCCCCCUCCCUGGGAUGUAAACUGCUCCGAAAAUAGAACUGUUUUCUGGUUUGUCCACUUUAAAGUAUAAUCCAAUAACGAAUGGUGUUUUACGUCAUGCCCUCUAGCAUAAUUUACUCCAAUGUGUGUGAUGCCUACGUACACUACGUACGUAGUCAUAUAUUUUCUACUAUUAAUAUUUUUAGGCUUGACGACUAUUGUUAUUACUGUCAGACGUGGCACCACAACAGUUGUGUAAUAACACAACAGACAUGCUGAUUUAUAAAUUGCCGACUUUGUUUUACACGUUUAUAAGUAGAUUCAUAUAACUCGUUAUAAUUAUCAGAUUGUGUAAAUGAACUCUUCGGCCAAUAUAAGAUAAAGUACGAUAA